AUGGACGAGCCUCAAUUUAAACAACAGGCAGCACACAAACCAGCGGUAGUUGUAGUCGCCAUCGCUGUGUCAGCAAGACUAGACUGUUGCCGUGACGCGAACGUAAUUGCUGCUCAACAGCUGCUGGAACAUGAAGACACCGGGCCAGAUGCGACAGCAAGUGUCGCUACGGUGGAAUUUUCGCAGUUGAGCGUCACAAUACUUGGACUCGGCAUGUGGAUGCGGGCCAGCACGUAG